GGGAGUUUCUUUGUCCUCCGCCUACUAGAACUUGCAGUGAUGAUGCCGAUGAUGUUGAUUCUAAGACUAAGAAGUCUGCUCUUUCUUCAAGCUUUUUGAAGGAGAAGAAGUCUAAAAGGCAACUCAAGAGAGAGCGCCAACAGGAAAAGAAAUCUGCGCUACAUCUCUGUCCUGUCGUAGCAAGAAGUGGAGAUGUUAGUUCAUGUCGUUACAAUGAUAAAUGCCACUUUAGCCAUGAUGUGGAAGCCUUUAAGGCUGAGAAACCAGAUGAUCUAGAGGGAGAGUGCCCUUUCUUGAGUGCUGAAGGGCCGUGCCCUUAUGGUUUGGCUUGUAGAUUUUCAGGUACACAUAAAGAUGGUUUUUCUGGUGAAGCAUUGGAUGGUCGGAAAAAAAACUCUGAAAUGAAUGGAUUGAGCAAAGAUGUCCAGAAGCUUCUGUGGAAAAAUAAAAUGAAGUUUCCCAAGGCAGAUGCUCAACUGAAACUUCUGGGGCAUAUGAAUUCAAAAAACAAAAAGUUGUCAGACAAGGAGGAUGAUAAUCAAACUACUUCAAAUGGAUCUCCUGCUACUGGCGAGAAUGGUUGUCUUGAAGUGGCCGGUGACUCAAAUAAUCAAAUGGAUCAGCAACUGGCAGAGGAAGAUGCUUCUGACGAUCACCCAUUUGCUUCUGAUGAACUUAGACCACUGAAGAAAGUGAAAUCUUCAGUUGAUGAAAUUGAUUGUCCUAAUGAAAUAAAUAAUGGUGUCAGUGUCCUGGAGAAAGAUCUUGAGAAAAGCAGUUCUCAUAUGGAAUCAGGAACUACUACCAACUAUAUUUCCAUAGAAACCGAUAAAAGCCUAAAAUUACAUCCACGUGAGAAGAAACUUAUUGAUUUCAGCGAAAAGCUCUAUCUUGCACCCCUGACCACAGUUGGGAAUCUUCCUUUCCGAAGGGUUUGCAAGGUGUUAGGAGCAGAUGUUACAUGUGGGGAGAUGGCGAUGUGCACAAAUCUCUUGCAGGGUCAAGCUUCAGAAUGGGCGCUGCUGAGACGUCAUUCAUCUGAAGAAUUGUUUGGGGUUCAGAUAUGUGGGGCAUAUCCUGACACAGUUGCACGGAUUGUUGAACUUAUAGAUCAGGAAUGUACAGUGGACUUCAUCGAUAUCAAUAUGGGGUGCCCAAUUGAUAUUGUUGUUAACAAAGGUGCUGGAUCAGCUCUUCUUACAAAACCAACGCGUAUGAAAAGCAUUCUACAAGCAGCUUCUGGUACAAUUGAUAGACCUAUUACUGUCAAGGUACGAACAGGUUAUUUGGAGGGAAAAAACCGCAUUGAUUUGUUAAUUGAAGAUAUUGGAAAAUGGGGAGCCAAUGCGGUAACGAUACAUGGGCGAUCACGUCAGCAACGCUAUAGCAAGCUUGCUGAUUGGGAAUACAUUUACCAGUGUGCAAGAAAGGCUCCCGAUGCUUUGCAAGUCCUGGGGAAUGGUGAUGUCUUUACAUAUUUAGACUGGAACAGACACAAGUCUGAUUGCCCUGACCUUUCUACAUGCAUGAUUGCUCGUGGAGCAUUAAUUAAGCCUUGGAUAUUUACUGAAAUCAAGGAGCAGAGGCACUGGGACAUAAGUUCUGGGGAACGUUUAAAUAUUUUGAAGGAGUACGUUCGCUUUGGACUAGAUCAUUGGGGUUCUGAUGCUAAAGGAGUGGAGACAAUUAGGCACUUCUUGCUGGAAUGGCUUAGUUACACAUGCAGAUAUAUCCCUGUUGGUCUUUUGGAUGUUAUCCCACAACGACUGAACUGGCGUCCUCCGUCGUACUUUGGUCGUGAUGACCUUGAGACGCUAAUGGCAUCUGAUUCUGCGGCUGACUGGAUUAGGAUCUCUGAGAUGUUACUUGGCAAGGUUCCUGAUGGCUUUACAUUUUACACCAAAGCAUAAAUCAAAUGCUUAUGACAGAGCAGAAAAUGGGUGAUUUGGAACCGGAAAAGGUGGUGGUGCUCUCAGCUCACUCUAUACAGUAAUAUUUACGUGGAUUCUGAUACUGGAAUACUGGAACAGGUUUGGGACAUGCUGCCCGAUAAUGCCCGUAUUGUAAUGCAAAUUAUAAUUUGAAUUGAUGAUGUUUUGUUGAUGCACUCCAAAUUUUGAAACCCAGUAUUAUUUUGAUCAUAAAGAUGCUAUUCAUAGAAAAUGAAAGCAAAUAAUAGAGUGAAGCAAAUUUAUGGAAUAAA